UGGUUUGAGAGCUCGAUGUCUCUACGAUACACUGCUGCUGCUCAUUUCUUUAUUUACAGGCUGGAGUUCGGGCUUGGAUAGAAAGAGAGAGAGAGAGAGAGAUGGGCUCCGCGUCCUCCGCUUACAGGAUCAUCUACCUGGACGUGGACGGCAGGAUUCAGAAGGUGGUUUUCAGCCGGUUCUGUAGUCCCUGUGAUAUUAAAGAGCUCUUUUGCACAGCCAUGGGGUUGCCCAGGAAUACAUCCAUUUCCCUCCUGGACUCAACUGGAGCUAUGAUCUCCAUCGACCCCACCAUGCCAAGCAACUCCGAGAGGUCGCCGUACAAAGUGGUUCCCCUCACUGGAGGACAGCUGGCUGAUAAAGAAGAACUUUUCCAGAAUGUCCUGACUCAGGUAGCAGAGCAGUUCUCCAGGGCUUUUAAGAUAAAUGAGCUGAAGACUGAAGUGACGAACCGCUUGGCCAUGUUGGAGAAAAGAGUGGAAUUGGAAGGGAUGAAGGUGGUGGAGAUUGAGAAAUGUCGCAGUGACAUUAAGAAGCUGAGGGAGGAGAUGGCCUCCAGGAACAACAGUAGUUUCCUGGAUGACAACAAGAAGCUGACUCCUCGCAGAGAUGUGCCUUCAUACCCAAAGUAUCAUCUGUCCAAAGAGACGAUAGACGCUUUGAGACAGCCGAUCUUCGAUGUGUGGCAGUGGGAACCUAAUGAGAUGCUCAGUUGUCUUGAACACAUGUAUCAUGAUCUGGGCUUGGUCCGAGACUUCAACAUCAACCCUAUUACACUGAAGAGAUGGCUGCUCUGUAUUCAUGACAACUACAGGAACAACCCAUUUCACAACUUCCGCCACUGCUUCUGCGUCACACAGAUGAUGUACAGCAUGAUCUACCUCUGCAACCUACAGGAAAAGUUUACACAGGUGGAUAUUCUAAUCCUCAUGACUGCAGCUGUGUGUCACGAUCUAGAUCAUCCUGGAUACAACAACACGUAUCAGAUAAAUGCACGGACAGAGCUGGCAGUAAGGUAUAAUGAUAUUUCUCCUCUGGAGAACCACCACUGUGCUGUAGCCUUUCAGAUCUUCUCCCAGCCAGACUGUAACAUCUUCUCCAACUUCGAUGCUGAAGCUUUUAAACAGAUCCGUCAGGGCACCAUCACUCUGAUCCUAGCUACAGACAUGGCUCGGCAUGGCGAGAUCCUCGACUCCUUCAAACAGAAGGUGGAGAACUUUGACUACACCAAUGAGGAGCACGUCACCUGUUUGAAGAUGGUGCUAAUUAAGUGCUGUGACAUCUCCAACGAGGUUCGGCCGAUGGAGGUGGCCGAGCCAUGGGUGGACUGUCUGCUUGAGGAGUACUUCAUGCAGAGCGACAGGGAAAAGGCAGAAGGCUUACCCGUCGCUCCUUUCAUGGACAGAGAAAAGGUCACUAAGCCUACGGCUCAGAUCGGCUUCAUUAAGUUCGUCCUCAUUCCCAUGUUUGAGACAGUGAUGAAGCUGUUUCCUCAGAUCGAGGAGGUGAUGGUUCAACCACUCAGAGAAUCCCGAGACAGAUAUGAAGAACUCAAACAGAUUGACGAUGCCAUGAAUGAGGUCCAGAAAAAGAAGAGUGAGAACCUCACUAUGGGAGGGAAAAAGAAGUGAGUCGGGACAAUUCACCGAUUCUGAAUCCGGCUCCUGUAGGUUGGAAAGCUGAUGACUGUAUAAUGAUGUGCUGGAAAACUUCCCAGACAAUCAGUCCAAAGCCUCUUUCAGGGAAUGUGAAUCAUCAUCAGCGCACACACACACACAGGAUGCCUAACAUCGUUCCAUAGAUAUUAUUCUCUGCCUUGUUUUUAUUUGCUUUUAUAUCCAUAUAAAAGAUAUUAUUCGGGUUGUACAGAUUUUUAGUCACUUGUCCUUUAAUACAAAAAUAAAAAAAGUUUUAUGUAUAAGUUUUUUUUUUUUUUUGUCUCA